AUGAACUACAACAGAUCACACAUAUUCAGAGAGAGCAAGAUGCGCAGCGCGUUUGAGACAGUCAAGAGCAAGAUUGCAGAAAUUUAUUACGUAGCAGCAGGAUGGGCUGUGGGCGCGGUGAAAGCUGUGCCAAAGGGAGCAAAGACCUCAGUAGUGUCCGUAAAAGAUCACUUUGUGAACAUUCCAAGCAGGAUACUAUCUAUAAAUCUGAAAAGAGACAAAAAGAAUCUUCUAAACAUACUGGCAGUUUUUGAAGUGUUGAUCUUUUUCGUCCUCCUAUACUAUGCAGUUAUGAUUAUCUACGAAAGCAAUAACUAUCUAUUUAAAAAAAUAUUUCCAGUCUGGAGGACGAGAGGACCAACUGGCGAAUACAUAUUAAGAGACAUCUAA